AUGGGCCCCCCAGCUCCUCCUGCUCCAACUCCAGAGGAACAAGUGUUGAUUCGGCGAAAAGCUGCCUCAGACCUUGUCUCUUUGAUUCCGCCUCGAAUAGCGAGGAAUUUCUUCUCGGCCGAGGACGAUGAGGACGUGGUGGACGAGGUAGAGGAGGUGAUUCUGGGGUGGACGGACGAUCUCGAUUUGAACAAGUAUCUUGUUUAUGGGUUGUUGGAGACCAUCAUCCUGAAGAUCUGCCCUGAGAUGGUGGACAAGACACCAACAGAGCUAUUGGCCGAGCGAGGUGUCAACUUCGCAGAGAAUGGGGCAGAAGAUGUGGAUGACGUGAAGAGUAUAGAAUCGGGCUUGAUUUAG